GGCUUCCCAUGACGAGCAAGCCAGGGAGGAAGUCCAAUCCACGAGGCCAGGUCCGUAUUACUCCCGCCGCUCCGACGUGACGUGUUUACUGGAUUGCAGUCGAGGCGACCACUACGCUUCAGCCAGCUCGCGCCGAAUGUUUCUCAAGCAAAUUGAUCUCACAACCGCGCUCCGGCCCUCAUAUCUGCCAGACGAAGUGCUACUAUGCCUCCAGGAUAAUGUGGGGCUUUACGAGGGAAAGUACAAGCUGCCCAAUCAGCAGAACGGACAGGUCUACCUGACAUCACACCGCAUCUGCUAUGUCGACAAGAAUGAGCCGAGAAAGCACUCGGUCGCCCUCGAUCUGAAGGAUGUAGAGCGAUACGAGUUCUAUGCCGGCUUCCUCAAGUCGUCUGCAAAGAUCACGCUGGUACCAAAGCCCACCAAAAGACGCUCGGGACUGCUCCAGCAAUCCAGAUCUCCCGGGUCCCAAUCCCCACGAACCAGCGGUGCUGCAACCCCGAUACCGAGGCCUGCCAGCACCCCAAGGUCUCUGGCGCUCGACAGCCCUGCGCCAAACACCACGGCGACAUGGGUCUGUACCAUUUGUAGCUUUUCGAAUCCUGUGCCGUCAAACUUUGAUCCUGGAACCGCGAACGCCCAUACUCCGCUUCCGCCAUGUUUGGCGUGCGGGAUCAAGCCGGCCUUGACGCACGUUCUCAAGGCCGCCAUCUCUAAUGCGGCCAGCCGACCUAUUCUGGCAGCGCCCCUUCCUUUGCGACCGCAGGCGCGGCCACUGUCUGCCACGCACGGUUCUGGUCAGGAUUUACUCGGCCCUGGAGCGAAGAGUGGUUCGACUCCGACAGCGGAUCCUGAGGCGUCGUUUCAAUGUCCUCGCUGCACCUUUCUGAACCACCCCUCGUUGAUGUCGUGUGAGAUAUGUGGUGCUCCGCUGGUAUCUCAAGGUGUUCCCGCCGAGUUAACAGCGGCGGAUGAUCGGGUAGAUUCUCCAGGGCCUUUUCUGACCCCGGUUGGUAACUUGCCUGGCGUCGAAAAUCCAGAAAGUGUCAAGCUAUCAUUCCGUGGUGGCGGAGAGAAGAUAUUCUACGAGCGCCUCAAGGGUUCAAUGGCACAACGCAAGUGGCUUUUACAAGAUGCACCCCCAAUACCCAGGUCCUUGCGAGGCGGUGCGGUCGAUCCAGAAGGCGGUCCUUCGGGCAGGGGUGCCUCCAACGAACGUAUCAAGACAGCAGGCAUUGCCGGCCUCGAGAAACGGGGUAUUGAUCUACGAAAGAAUAACGAACUGGUGAUCGGCAGUGCCUUUGAAGAUCUCGAGGCUCUAAUGGCUUCGGCGAAGGAUAUAGUCGCGCUGGCUGAAUCAUUUGCUCGACAAGCAAAUAGCGGUGGUGCAUCUUCUGAAGCGAAUGCCAUUUUGGCCGAGUCAGCGACCCAGCUAGGCUUGGUUACCACCAAGGACACGGUCGGCGGAAGUAGCUCAGAAUCUCUGUAUAUCUCUGAGCUGGCGAGGAACCUGGCCGAAUUCCUAACUGAUGACGCAAGGGGAGUGUUGCGGAAGGCGGGCGGAAUAAUAAGUUUGGUGGAUCUGUGGGCUAUGUUCAACCGAGCACGUGGAGGUGUGGAAUUGGUGAGCCCCAUGGAUCUUGAGAAGGCAGUGAGGCAGUGGGAGACCCUGCAGCUUCCCGUUCGACUGCGAAUUUUCAAGAGCGGAGUUAUGGCAGCACAAGGUGCCGACAGAACAGAUGAGAGCAUAAUCAAGGCUAUCCUGGGUUGGCUGCGAGAUUUACACGAGAUACCCCCAGAUCAUGAAGUGUCCUGGAAUUGGCGCGAGUUUGGUCGAGGAGUGACCGCGCAGGAUGCUGCAGAGCGGUUCGGUUGGAGCAUUGGCGUGGCCGAAGAGGAGCUUGAGAUGGCAGAGGAGCGUGGCGUCCUCUGCCGCGAGGAGGGUAUUGAGGGCUUGAAGUUCUGGGAGAACCAUAUCGAUACUGGUGAGGGCCUAUCUCCAGGCCAACUGGAAGCAAAGGCAGCCAAAGAGGCUCAGGCCAGGAUCUACAAGGCUCUGAAGCAGACAGGCAUGCUGUAGAGACAUGGGGCUGACUUUCUGAGUGUGUGAUAAGGCUUGGAAAGACGUGAGCAAUACAAUGUGAUAAAAG